AAAUUACAACAAAUUUUGUUUUUUUUUUUGCAAACUCAAGUGGUUGAAGGCAGAAAGAUUUAUUUUGCCGAAGAAAAACUAAAUCCAAUAAAACAAAAUUUCUUCUCAAUUAAAAACACUCAAUCACUUCCAAUUUCAAUAAUAACAAAUCACAAAAUGCAAAAAUAUGAAAAGUUAGAGAAAAUCGGUGAAGGAACCUACGGAACAGUCUUCAAAGGACGAAAUCGCGAGACUAUGGAAAUAGUCGCCCUCAAGCGAGUUCGCUUGGACGAAGACGACGAAGGUGUUCCCAGUUCAGCUUUGCGUGAAAUUUGUCUCUUAAAAGAAUUAAAACACAAAAACAUAGUCCGUCUCUACGAUGUCCUCCAUUCUGACCGAAAAUUAACUCUAGUCUUCGAGCAUUGUGAUCAGGAUCUGAAGAAAUACUUCGACAGUUUGAACGGAGACAUCGACAUGUCGGUGUGUCGGAGUUUUAUGUUGCAAUUGUUGCGUGGCCUGGCAUUCUGUCACAGUCACAAUGUCCUGCAUCGUGAUCUCAAGCCACAGAAUUUAUUAAUCAAUAAAAACGGCGAACUUAAAUUGGCUGAUUUUGGUCUAGCAAGAGCUUUUGGCAUUCCAGUGAAAUGUUACUCAGCUGAGGUUGUGACUUUGUGGUAUCGUCCACCAGAUGUUCUGUUCGGAGCUAAGCUCUAUACCACCAGCAUCGAUAUGUGGUCCGCAGGUUGUAUAUUCGCCGAGCUUGCUGACGCUGGACGUCCGCUCUUCCCCGGCUCGGAUGUUCUAGAUCAGUUGCUUCGUAUAUUCCGAGUAUUGGGUACACCCUCUGAAGAGACUUGGCCUGGAGUUACCCAUCUAUCAGAUUAUGUAACUCUGCCAACAUUUCCUCCAAUAACUUCAUGGAGUCAAAUUGUUCCCAGACUGAAUUCAAAAGGACGUGACCUGCUCCAGAAACUACUUGUCUGCCGACCUAAUCAAAGAAUAAGUGCUGAACAAGCCAUGCAGCAUCCUUACUUCACAGAAAGUUCAACUAGUCACUCUUAAUUAAUUUUGGUUUAACACAAUUUCUUCUUCUUUUUUCCGUAAUCGGAAUUCAAAAACAAAAGAGAAACGAGAAAGAUUUUCAUUUAGGAGACCAACUUAUAUAAACUUAUAUAUUUUUAGAAUGCCAGCAAUUUUAUCACGAAAAUAUAAAAAAAAAAAACAAAAAAAUAUAAUAUUGAUAAGAUCGAUUAUGCAGGAAAUGCGCCAUAAUGCAUUCAUAGUACUCUAGUUUAUUGAUAUUAUUUUUAAGAGCUGAUAUUUCUAACAAAGGGACAUAGUUCGGUAACACUGCAGAAUUCAAGGUCCAUUUUUCAGGCAGGCAAUCAAAGUGUUUUUGUUUUCCUUUCUCAUUAGAAAUUUGUUUUCUGCAGUGAUACAGUAAAUUCUACAUUUUACAAAAACAAACAAAUAUGGGAUGUAGAUUUUCAUUUUGUCCAAAAAAUCAAUUUUAGAAAAACAAAGUUUAUUAUUUUCCUUUUAAUUUUUUGUUAGUGUUUUGUGUGUCGUAACCAUAUUUUCCGGAUGAGUGAAGUUUGCCAAAUGCAAUAUUUUUAUUAAUUAAAAAUAUAUAUAAAGAAAAAAAAAACUUAGUGCAUGUGGAACACGUAAUUUUAAAAAGUAAUAUUUACGAAUUAUGUAUACAUACUCUUAAAUUAUUGAAUAAAACUUACAUUGUA